AUGUUCUCAACAGCGACAAAUCCAUACGACGAACUAGUCGUGAAAGCGACCGAUGAGAACCUGGCUUCUGAAGAUUGGGCCUUGAACAUCGAAGUGUGUGAUAAGGUAUCGGGAGAAGGGGAGAACGGAGCAAGACAGGCUGUCGCUGCUUUGACAAAGAGGUUGAGCCAUAGGAAUCCGAAUGUACAGCUUUACGCAUUAGAGCUAGCAAAUACUCUAGCUCAGAAUUGCGGGAAAGAGCUCUAUGGCGAAUUAUCUUCUAGAGGAUGGACAGGAGCUUUAGAUAGAUUAGUGAAUGAUCGAACUACAGCUGCACCAGUGAAGAAAAAGGCAUUAUCGUAUAUCAAAUCGUGGGCAAAACAAUUCGAAGAUACUGGUGAUCCCAAUUUAGGAAUCAUGGGUGAAUUGUACGAUCAACUGAGAGCUAAGAAUUUCAACUUUGAUGAGGCCGAACCACAACAUGAAGAUGCUGCCGAAGCACGUCAAAGACAAGAAGACGAAGAAUUACAAAGAGUCUUAGAAUUGUCCAAGCAAGAUAAAGGUGGUAGAACGUCAUACAAUUAUCAACCUUCCAAUCCUUCUGCAGGUGGAUCUUCAUCUUCAGCUCCCAACCAUAAUGUUGGAGCAUCAUCUUCCUCUUCCUCGAGGCCAUACCCACAGCAACAACAACAACAAGCACCUCAACCGGUAUAUAACCCACCUGCUCCAGAACCCGAGCCAGAACAACCGCUAGAUAUCAACACCGCUACUCGUGUGAGAGCUCUCUACACAUUCACCUCCGCUGAGGUCGGCGAAUUGAAUUUUGAAAGAGGCGAUUAUAUCAAGGUGCUUGAUAGAGGCUUUAAGGAGUGGUGGAGAGGGGCUUGUAAUGGGAAGAUCGGAAUCUUCCCUGUCACCUAUGUCGAAGCUGUCCCCGAACCAUCCCCCAGAGAAUUGCAAGAGGAGGCACAGGAAGAAGCUCGAGUGUUCGCCUCGCUUGGUCUUGUUGACCAAUUGCUCCAGACUCUCAAAGGUAUAGAUCCAUCUAGAGGAGAUAGAAUUGAUGAUAGGCCCGAGAUCGAGGAAAUGUAUCAAGCUUCUGUCGGUCUUCAGGAGCAGAUCAAUUCUUUGAUCAAGAAAUAUUCUGAUCAAAAAGCUGAACUUGAACACAUGAACGCGAACUUCCUCAGAGCUAUCAGACAAUACGAGGAAUUAAGAAACCCAGCUCCUCCACCAGCAGCUUAUGGCUAUGCGCCCCAACAGCCAACACAAGCGGAUCCAUACGCUCAAGGAGGAUACCAGCAAUACCCUCAACAGCAGGCUCCACCUCAACAGCAAGCACCGGCUCAGUCUUUCCCUCAACAACAACCUUACGCACCUCAAGGUCAGGGACAACCUCAGUACUCACCUCAACCUCAUCCACAAUCCCAGUACGUUUCUGAACCUCAACCCCAACCUCAACCUCAAGGUUAUCCCCAACAAUCACCUGACGGACAUUAUGGUUCUGCCCCUCCCCAAGCCUUCCCGCAAGCCCAACCUGCUGUAGCACCUGUCGAACAACAACCUCAAUUAGGUCAAUACUACCAACAGCGAGCUGUAUCUUCCGGUUCAGUCAACAGGAUACCUUCCGGAGCGACGACCACACCUGGAUUACCUUUACCACCCACUGAACCCAUCAGGCAGAAUACUGAACCGGGUGUUGCGGGAUUGGGCGCGGGUUCAGACCCUCAAGCUGAACAUAAGAAAGCAUGGGAUGAUUACUACAGACAACAGGCUCAGAACCAAUUGUCCCAUCCUCAAGGUUUAGCUCCGGGUCAAGGAGGUCAACCUCAAGGUUAUGCACCUCAAGCACACGAUGAUGCUCAUACCCAGAAUGUAUAUGGGCAAUCACCGUAUGCUCCUGCUCAAGGGCAAGGUAUUGAUGGUGUUACACAAGGUAUCAACAGGAUGUCUGUACAUGGUGCUUAG